AUGGGUCGAAUUGUUUUUAUUGAAACAGAUGUAAUAACAUCUCAAUUAAAUUCACUUCCAACAAAUCGAUUUUCUUUUGGUUUUAUUUGUGGUCAAUGUACUAAAUUUGAACGUGAUUAUAUUCAUUAUAUAAUUGAUGGUAUUACAUCAAAACAAACUGAUAUUGAUUCAUUUUUUGAUUCAUCAUCAACAAAUAAAGAAUUAUGGUCAAAAAUUAUUGAAAUAACAUCAUCAUUAUGUGCUGGUGUAUCGAUUAUUGGUUUUUAUUGUCGUGCAAAAAAUGAUCUAUUAAAAUCAACGAAUUUUACAUUAAAAAUUCGACGUUUAUUUGAAAUUCUUCAAAGUGCAUUACGUCUAUAUUCAUCAUGGAGUUUAGCACAAUCAUCACAUCGAAUUUUAUUACAAUCAGAAUUUGGUAGUGGAGCAAAUAAAUGGUUAGUUAAAACAAUGGAUAUGAAUUCUGAUAGUGUUCAUUUUCGACCUGUUGAAAUGAAAACUUAUGAUAGUAAAAUAAAUCCUACUUGGUGUAUGACAACAACUAUUCCAAUACAAUUUAAUUUAUGGCUUAAUCCAUUAACAAAUGAAAAUGAUAAUAAUAUUAAAUUAAUUGAAAAUCAAUUUGAACAACAAUGGAAACAAUAUAUAGAAAAUCUUAAAGAAAGUCUUUUAUUAAUGGAUGAUCGUUUAUUAUCAUUGGAUAGUUUAAAAUUAUCAUCAAAAACAAGUCAAAAUUCUGUUGAUAUUCAAUGGUUAUCACCAAUUGAUUCAACAAUAUCGAAUGAAUAUUCAAAUGAAAAUCGUAUUUGUUAUAAAUUUGAUGGUAGUACAAGUCUUCGAUUUUUUACAUGCAGUUCCGAAACAACAGGAAAUGAUAUACGACAAUAUUUUAUUGAAGAUAUUUUUCGUUCAAUUCUUAUUCGUUUAAAUUUAGCUCUUAUUAAUAAUGAAUCUAAUAAUAUUGAAAAUAUUUUAAUAAAUAAAUUAAUUCUACCGCGUCGUAUUUAUAUUAAUCGACCUGUUUUUAUUUCUGCUUAUCAACUUAUUCAUGAACCAUUAUCAACAGUUAUUGAUUCAUUACAAGAAAAUUUUAAAAUAACAUCAGUUAUGGAAGAAGAUUUAGAAGCUGCUGAAGAAUUUCCACCUGAAAUAACAAAUGAUGAAAGACUAAAGCAAUUUAAUACUAAUAUGAAUAACAAUAAUAAUCAAGAAACUUCUAUAAUUCGAAAAAGCAUAUAUCAAAAUUUUUCUACAAUGAUUGUGAAACAGUUUGGUACUGGAAAUACAAUAUUAGUCGUCUUAAUUAUUACAAUACUUGUUUUACUAAUUAGUAUCAUGAUAAAACUUUUCACAUAA